AUGACAAAAGUAAACCCAAGCAUCGUCCAUGCCCCUGGCGAAGACCUUCUGUGGUCGCUCUCACAGACCAUCGUCGAUAACAUCGAAGUUGUUCGGCAAGAACAUCAGCAGCAAGGCCUCGCCCCGCUCUACAUCGAUGCUGCCGCCCCUCAUUCCACCGACGACCCUGCCGUGGCGUCCCUCCCUUCGGUGAGGGAAUGCAAGGCUCGGGACCAGAUCCUGUCCGCCGUCUCCAAGCUCGGGGCCAUCGUCGACCAUCCCGUCUCCCGUCUCGCCAAGCUGUCGAGUGCCUACCUCGACGUUUCUGUCUUGCACUUUGCCGCUGACAACGGUAUCGCAGACGUCAUUGAGCGGUGCGCCACGCGUCCCGACGGUGCCCUUCAUGCAACCGACAUUGCCAAAGAGAUCAAUAUGGACGCUACUCGUACCACUCGCCUGCUGCGCUACUUGACCGCUAUCCACGUCUUCAAGGAGACCUCCGAGGGCUACUUUGCCAACAACCGCUACUCUGUGCAUUUCAAAAAGGGUUCUCCACUGGAGGCCGUCUUUGGCAUGGGCGUUUACGAUGUGGGCCCGCCUGCACUGAGGAUCAACGAGUUUAUGAAGACUCCAUAUGCACAGCAAGAAGAUGCCACGGGUCAUUUGCCCCUGAACCUCCAGUUCGACUAUCCAGACAAGUCCAUGUUCGCAUGGAUGAACGAGCCUUUCAACAAGGCUCGUCUGGAGCGUUUCAACCGUACAAUGGUCAUGAAGAGCCACGACUCGUACGCUGUUGUGGCAGACGUCCCUUGGGACGAGAUGAUUCCGAAGGGGGGCACCUUGGUCGAUGUCGGAGGAGGUGUUGGAUCCUUGGCUCUCAGCGUCCAAGCGUCUCGCACAGACAUCAAGGUCGUCGUACAAGAUCAAGAAAUGAUGAUUGAACAAGCCAAAGGCUUCUGGUCGCAAAAGAAUCCCGACGCCAUCAAACAAGGACGGGCAGAAUUGGUGGUUCAUGACUUCUUCCAAAAGAACCCAACGCAGGCGGCAGAUCUAUACACUUUCCGGGCCAUCUUCCACAAUUGGAACGAUGAGCGUUGCGCAGCCAUCCUGAAGGGCACCAUUGAAAGCAUGGCACCUCAUUCGCGCAUCCUCGUCAUCGACUCUAUCCUCAACCCUACAACAGUAGAUGCUGGCUUUUCGUCGUCUGUCAACGAGCUUCGAUCGGACACCCAACAGGAUCUUACCAUGAUGACCUUGUUUCCGUCGCUGGAGAGGACCAGAUCGGACUGGGAUCGCCUCUUCGCCAGCGUUGGCUUGGAGAUCAAGAGGGUCUUUGAGGUCAGAAGCAGAAAGACGACCUUCGAGGUCGGUAGAAUCUGAUCGGCAUCCAUGUAGUAGCGUUCUGAG